CCCUCACUGUUAUCAUACCUGACCCGUCGCCUGCAUCACACAGGUCAGAUGCAAGCAGCUCAAUAAAACACAUUAAACCUACAGGCAGUGUUUAGUGAUGUCCACCGACCGGAGUAAGAGGGGCGAGAGAGCGCAGGACGCUGAGGACGAGGACGACCUGGACGCGCUGUUGGCGACUCUGACGGCCGACGAAGUGAAAGAGUUGGAGGGCGAAUGCAUGGUGAUUGAUCCCGACCCCGGUGUGCCUGUUGGGCUGCGGCAGAGAAAUCAGACCGAGAAGACCCCCUCGAUAAGUUAUGAUAGAAAGGCAAUGCUUGACUUCUGUGAGGAAGAGACCAAGAAACUAAUUCAUCGGGAAUUGUCUAUUGAGGGGGAGCCAAACACUGACGGGGACGGGAGAGGGAGUGAGAGCGGGCCAAAGGGCUGUGGCUCCUCGACUAUGCAAGGAGAAGACGCUACAAACACAGCAAAGACGUCUAAAGGCAGAGCAGAGACGCUGCUGAAUAAAUGAACGAAGUGGGACGUUGAUUAUAAAAACACCAUAGAGGAUAUCAUUGGAGGACAUUUUGUGAUUUGAGGCCGCUGAGGAAAUUAAAAUACAUUGGGAAUAAGAAAAAGCGGAGUGCAAGAGAUGAAGCAUGAGGGAACGAAUGGCACAAGAAAAAUAAAAUGGAAGCAAUGGAAACAUAAGUAGACUAUAACGUAGGCCUAGCAGAAUGACCAUAUUCACAUGACAGGGUGAAACAGGGUGCAGCAGCUAUAUUUGGAUCCCCUUAAGCAAUACAGGGAAAUGACCUGAGUUGACCUGAGCUGAGUGAUGACAAACCAGCCGCCAGCAAGGUCUAAACAUACACCCUGCAUGUGUUCAUACUUUUAUACUAUGUUUUAACCCCAGUGCAUGUACAGUGUGCCUGCAAUGGGUUUAUUGGCACGCAGAGAUGAGCGAACACAGGCCUGUGCAGCCUCAUCCGGACACUCUACACCUUACCCUGGUAAAAUACAGAUUCUAAUCUGAUUUCCAAAUAGAACUGUACAGUAGAGCACAGAACUAUGGAAACGUCUCCAAUGCUUACUGAUCCUACAACCUGCCCCCGACGCGUUUCACUGAGCGGUAAUAGAUACGAAAGGACUUCAUAGGGGACAAGAGAUUCAAGAAGGCUUACCGGAUCUUCCCAUUGAUUUCACGAUUGAUCAACGCAAGACUCUCCUAUAAAGAAAACAAAAUGUGUGGGGAAUCGUUUCAGACCCCCUAUCCGUCUCCCUCUCUUUCUCCAGUGAAACCACGUUUGUUCGGAUGGAACCACCUAAUUCUACCAAGACACCAUGAGAGAUGGACCCUGCUGGAGAAUAACAUUCCACUGGACUCGACACGACUCAACUUGAAAUCGAUAUAUAUAUGUUCUAUAUUGUUAAACUUGUUGUUUAAUGCCACAAGAACACUUUCAAUAAGUGAAUUAUUAGUGCCAGGUAAAUUGGAUUUUUCAUUUAGAAAAACAAAAAUGCUAUAUAUAUUUUUAAAGAUACUACAAAUACAUUUUUGGUACCCAUCUGACAAGCUGAAUGUCUUCAAAUCGUAUAUCCAACUGUUAAAACUGAGAUCAUGAGGACAUUAAAUGCAGUGGGGAAUGUAUUUUGAUGUGUAAUAAAUGUGUUGUAACCGAUGAUACUCUGAGUGACCUUAGACCUUAGAAGUUGACCACAAUGAAUUUGAAAUGUUUUUUUGUUGCUUAAAGCAAAUUCAAUUAUUUUA